AUGCCACAACUAGAUACAUCAACAUGAUUUAUCACAAUUAUCUCAUCAAUAAUUACCCUAUUUAUCUUAUUUCAACUAAAAGUCUCAUCACAAACAUUCCCACUGGCACCUUCACCAAAAUCACUAACAACCAUAAAAGUAAAAACCCCUUGAGAAUUAAAAUGAACGAAAAUCUAUUUGCCUCAUUCAUUACCCCAACAAUAA